AUGGUGAUCGGAAUCGUUAUGAUGGCGGCCAUGUUGCCGACCAUGAUUGGCUUGAAUGAGGCAACUCAGGGGGGUCGGGAUGCAGAGGAAAGCCGACGCAACGACGCACGGAGACAACGUGGACACCUAGUGGCCACAUGCGCCCUUACACAGGGAACACCAAAGAUGCGCCAACAGGUUCACAAUGCCCAAGUCCAAGUGGGUCUGGACGGAAAACUCUACAUCACCAAGCAUCCCAGCUCGACAAUGGUCCUAUUCAACGGCGGCUACCAUACACACCCCGACUUUCCGCCGAACAACACAUCUGGCUUGGUGACGAUUAGCGGGGAAAAGGCCCCGACGCUGCGCUGGGUGUUUCGAGACGCUAAGACGCAUGAGAUGCGUUGGGGCGGUCGUCCCGACUCGGAAGGUCACAUAUGCGGGUCCUUUGACUGGACUGCUGAUGAGUUGUACCUGACUAUGGAAGAUUGGGAAGGGUGGCUGGCAGUUCGUCUCCCAGAAGACGAGGCUAAAGAACACAUCAACUCUGAGUUGGGUAUUACAGAUGCGCGUGAUAUCUGGCGACUAUAUUUUGAUGCAAAUGACAAUGGAGCCGACAUACCACCCGGAGCCCACGGACUUGAAAUUCGUCUCAAACGAACUGCAGCAGAGUCUUGA